AUGGGCCCUAGUCCGACAUUGGUGGGGAAUAGAAGGAAGUUGACUAGUCGGUUGAUAGUGAACCAUCUCUCAAGAAACAAUGCGGAAUUUUCACAGCCUCUCAGGAGUUUUGGAACAGCUGCGCCUUUGGCGCCAUUUCUUCUUGAUGAGCCUAUUCGUGUCGCUUCAGAGAAAGCUUUGGCAGCUAAGGCUGUUCUGAAGGCUAAGGUUGGACGUCCCCUUGGAAGUCAGAAUCGUCCCCCCAAAGAGCAUCCAGUUGGAAAGAAGAUACAACGCAAGCGUCGUGAGAAUGUAGUUGAGUUAUCUAGUGUGCCUGAGGCUAUUUCACCAUUGGGACUAAUAAUAGUACCCCCCGAGGCUGCUGUGAAGUCUCUGAACUCUGCCUAG